ACAACAAUAUCUUAUUUUUUUAAAGGCACCCCAAACAAAAAAACCUGCAAAAACGCACUUGACUCUGUGCCAAAAAAGACAAAUAAUCUACUUUGGUGCCAAACGCGUUGCGUCCCUCAGGUGUGAAUACAAUCUCAAUCCAAAGAAGAGUCCCAGAUCCUCCUUGUUCAGUCACUACAACAAUCUCUUCUUCUCCCCCCUCCUCUGUCAGUAGUCAGUAAUGGGGAGACAGUGUGUGCCCAGUGGGGGAGUCAGGAGCCAUCAGCCUCUAUUAGACUCCGGCUCUCCUCCUCACAUCAUGUCAUUGUGUGUUACCAGCCAGGAGACGUGACCAAUUUCCCCCCCCCACACACACACUCUCUGGGGUCUCUCAUACAUCUCAGUACAGGGGGCUUCACUCUCAUCUUUAUUCACAGAUCCUGGAGACACUCAGAGAGACGUCAAAGCUGAGGAGGAGGAAGGACGUGUGAGGAUCAAAGAAGAGAAGAUCCCUAUAGACAUCAGCGCAGAUGGACCUAGUAACAGUAAUACCCCAGAGAGAUGUCCUUCUUCUCUUUAUUAUGGGGAUUCCACGCAAGAAGGUCACAGGAUCCUCCAAGAUUAUGAAGAUGAAAAGGUGAUUAAAGUACAAAUAAAAAUGGAAGACGAAGAAGAGACAGAUGGGGGUGAUGAGCUGUGUAAGGAGGAUGAAAUCCUUCCAGAGAUCAGCACAGAUGGACGCUACAGAAGGUAUAGCACCGAGAGAGCACUUGCAAUCUCUCCAGAUGAUGAAAUAGAAGAUUAUGAUGUCUCGUCUGAGUCUUCAGAAGAAGACCUUGUUACCCCAACCCUUCAUUCAAGGGUAGAUUUGUCAUUUGAUCCCUCUGAACAAGGCAAGAAUUGUCCUAGCCACUCACCUCCUCCGAGCAACCAUAAACGUGCUAAUGGGGAUGGAACCUUCUCAUGUGCAGAGUGUGAGAAGAAUUUUACAGUGAGAGCCAAGCUGAUCAAACACCAGAGGACCCACUCAGCUGAAAAACCCUUCUCAUGUUCUGAAUGUAGCAAAAGUUUCAGGCAGAAAUGCCUUCUUCGCAGACAUCAAACAAGGCACAACAGUGACCAAGCCGUUCUCAUGCUCCGAAUGCGGGAAAAGUUUCGUCCAAAAAUCAGAUAUCGUCCGACAUCGAAGAACUCACACGGGAGAGAAGCCAUUUUCAUGUUCUGAAUGUGGAAAGAGUUUCGCUCGGAAACACUACCUUAACACGCACGAAAAAGUUCACUCUGGGGAGAAGCCGUACUCGUG